CCGUGCUUGUAGAUACUCAACGAAAGCUUUAAGGAGAAGUUGUUAUAAAAUUAAUACCAUCAUAAUCUGGUUUGCUGUGUUCCUGUAAUAUUAUAAUUAUGUCUUACUCGUAUAUCAGAACGAAAUACUAAAUUCACAUUUACGAGAAACACAAAGCUGACGUGGUCUGAAGUGGUUGGAUUUUGCUAGGAACUGAGUUUCGUCUGGGAAGCGCCCGGAAACCUGCUAAUGAAGCAUCUCUGAAAGACGAUCUAGACCAUCAAAAACAACGGCAAAUGCGCUGUAAUGUCCGGGACGGUAUCUGUUUUGGGACAGCGUCGCACAAGGUCACUGCAAUGUCCUGUCAAGGAUGAAGAUCCGGAAACAUGUGGUUAUGAUUAGCCAAGCGAACUGGCAGCACGCAAAACGGAGAAAGGGAAACAACGCUGAUGUAAUGCGCCCUAGAGGGAUCAAGCUUGCCUUGGGGGACUUAAAGAACGAAGUGGUGCCCAAUGAUGGCGCCACAGAGCUGCGAGGUUCAAAAAUUUUAGAGGAAGCAAUGAAUACUAUAAAGGCUCUGGAGGAAGUCACCCAAGAGCAGAAGGGAGAACUGCAAAGACUGAGACAAACCCUGGCUGAAAUGGAGAUCAUUAAAGCUCAAGACGCAGCUGCAGAAAUGCUGGACAUUCUUCCUAGCACAAGUGCUCAGCCAAAUUCGGAUGACGCCAAAUUUCAUGUGUUUCAGCGACUGAUGGAUCAGCUUUUCCAGACAUACGACCACCACGUGGAUGCAUCCAGUUUCCAGACGCUGUCCGAUACAACCUACAUGUGGCUCGAAGAACUCUGCAGUCCCUCCAGCCUCAUGGCCCUGACAGCUGGAGUGCUGCGUGAUCGUCAUUGAUUACACAGCACUUUAACUCAUUGUUAACAAAAUCACAGCAAAGCUGCCAAGAAAAACAACAUCGGUCUAAUUAUUCCCGACCAGCGAAUCUAAAUGCUAAAAAAGCAUCCUCGUUGUCUCUCUGUGCCUUGUGUAUGCAUCAGUUUUGGUUGCCGAGCCAAACAAAAAAUUGCGGGUUUAACCGUAAAAUAUAAGCGUAAGAAAACUGAAGAGUAUAACCGUAAUACAAAUCACUACGAGGAAGUGCAGUGU